AAAUCCAUCAGUUCAAUCAUCACCAAAUUUCUCGACUUUAGGUUUAACGAUUGGCAAUAAUAAUAAUAAUUAUAAUAAUAAAGCUGAACCUGUACAGAGAGUUGCAAAUGCUGCACAAGCUAUCGCUUUAAGUGGACGUAGUACACCAGAUUUGUCGAUACCAGUAGUCAAUAAAACUAGUAGCGAUAGCAGAACAACCAAUAGAAGCAGGAGUAAUAGUGCUAUGAAACCAUCUGCAACUUAUAUUCAACCAUCUAGUAUAGGUGUGGAAAGUAAACCACUAUUGGUUCUAGACGUUGAAACUGUUAAAACAAAAUUACGAACAGCCAAAGAAGCUAGAGCGUUGAAAGAUGAGAGCGACAAAAAAGAAGAAGAAGCAAAGCAGGUCGCGAGAAUUGCAGCAUUUAGAAGAAGUAGAGUGGAUAGAAAUGGAACAACCUCAUCACAACGUUCACAUCCAUUCGCAAAUGUCACUCAACCAAAUGAAUCAAAAACACUAAAUACGGUUUGUGAUUCUCUAUCAAAACGAUUGAGCUCAGAUGCAUACCUUAAUAACUUACGCUUAUCCAAUCAGCAAGUACCUCGACUUAAGAAAGUAUCUGAAAAUGAUAUCAACAAAGAAGGUAACGAAUUAUUCUAUAAGCCACGUCCAACUCAUUUGAAUAACACUCCAAUUCCACCACCGACGCCUGAAGUUAGGAAAAGAUCCCAAAUGAGACCAUCACUUAGUAGUAAUGGAAGUAAUAUAUCUGGUAUAUCAUCACAGUCAGGAAAAGAAUUAAAGCCAAAGCCAAGCUUACAAGAACUAGAAGAAAUGCUACGUAAUUUAAAACUACGCAGAGCCAGAAUUUUAGCAGAACGUGAGAAUGAACAGCAACUAGCAACCCAAAAUCAAUGGUUCGACGACGAAGAAGGAGUCGUAGAUACCCACCAAAAUAAUUUACUAUUAAAUCUUACAGCCACAGCAACCCACUAAUUGAAUUUGCCCGGGAUGGGCAAAUUUGAUGACGUAACUGCG